AUUGGUGGAAGCUGAUGCUAGCGACCAGUUCAAUUUCAGCAGAAGCUUACGUUGCACGCUUCUCUACCUGGUUUAUAACGAGGAAUCUGUUCGACAACAUCUGACUUUCUUUAAAAAUCGUACGUGAUUGUUGGAAUUGUUCGUAUUUCACCGCAAACAUGAGAUUAGUGUAUAUAACUUGCAUUUUGUUCGCUACAACCAUCUGCUGCAUUGCGAACGAUAAUGCUGGUACAACGCAAGGGGAUACUAAAUCCACCACUCAGCAGACACUGAAUCUAGUUAACGAUACUGUUCCAAUUAUAAACUCCACGAGUCCUGCUAAAGCAGUUAAUACUUCUACUUCUGCUAAUACAACUACUAACGCUAUUAAAAAUAUCACUACUACAACUACCGAUAUUGUCUCUCCUAUUUCUACCGAUGCUACCACUGUUGCUACUAAUGUUGUCAGUAACAAAACUACAAAUGAUAGCAUCCUGAUCAAUGAUCAUAAAUUGGAACCUAAUGGUAUAACAACAACAACCUUAAAAUCUAUAAUUUUAACUACACUCAUCAAUUCAACAACUAUAUCCGAAAAGGCUAAAAAUAUGACUACAGUUAUACCCACUAUUCCAAACGAUACAUCUAAUGUUACAUCAACACCCGUAACACCAGUGGUUCCAGUAUCAAAAGUUACUUUUUAUAAAGGACGACAUUUUGAUGGUCUCAGCUUCUUCGGUGGCAUCAUUUUAGCUACAUGUUUAGUGGCAAUUAUGUUAGUCUCAAAUAAACUGUAUAAAGCGUUGACUGAACAAAACUAUCACACGCUAUGAUGUCUCUGAGAUUAUUAUCAUCGCGAUGAUUCCAUUUUCCAAUAAGUAAAUGCAGUCGUUCGAACUGAAAACUAUGAAUUUUACCGUAAUAAUAUUGCGUAUUUUUAUAACGCACUUAAGUGUCGCGUGGUUUAAGUGCUCUUAGUAAUGUGAUGUGUAAACGCGAAUUCCGUUUCUUUGUACCCAAUUACAAAGGCAAGGUACACGCAUUAUAGUAUUGUCUCUUUGUAUGUCGCACGCGCAUUGUAAUAACGUAUGCAUUUAUAAGAAAAAAAGAACGAAUACUACGUAUGAAAAAAAAAAGAAAAAAGAAGGGGAAUAUAGGGAACUAAAGGGCGUAAGAGUGGGUAAGAGAAAUAAAAGGGCAAACAUAGUAUUAUUAUGCGCAUGCGUAACUUCCGUACGCAAGUUGACGACCAAUCAAAUACACAUUCCAUCAAAAAGAUCAAUUCUGCAACAUAACAAGUCCACGUAAUAUUUUUCGCUCAAAUGAAAAUCAUUUUGUAAGACAUUUCUUUUUUUUAUUCUUCUUUU